AUGUCGUUCAUUCCCCGUCGAAUAUUCCCCAACUACAAUAUCCCCCUCUCCAACUUCAAGGGGCACCAUCAAAAGGCGUUGACCAAGUUUGGCCAUCUCGCCCCCCAAAUCGACUUGGUGCUUGAAGUCAGAGACAGCAGGGCCCCCAUAUCCACCACCAACGUGCUCUUUGACAGAGUGCUAGCCCAGAAACAGAAGAUCGUGUUGUACUCCAAGAAGGACUUAUCGGUGAUCAAAAAGGAUCUCCUUGAAAAGUGGCACCUGUCAACCCUUGAAGACUACAUGUUCAUCGAUAGCAGAAACAGAAAGGAUGCCAGACUGAUCAUCGAGUUAGUGUCGAAGAAGUACUACGAGAUGAGCCCUCCACCUCCGUUGGGGUUGCGUUUGAUGAUCAUCGGGAUGCCCAACGUGGGCAAAUCUACCCUAGUCAAUACCCUAAGAGAAGUAGGUUACGCUUCCGAAUUGAGAGGAAGCGUGUCCACCAAAAGGAGAAAAGUGGCCAGGACAGGAGGCCAGCCAGGAGUGACCAAGAACACCAGUGAGAUCAUUCGCUUGAGCAAAGAUCCAGACAUCUUGGUUCAUGAUACUCCUGGGGUAUUCUUGCCCACAGUAAAGGAUAGCGAGACAAUGUUGGCCCUUAGUUUGGUGGGGUGUGUUCACACCUCAUUCAUCGAUCCAGUGAUCCAGGCAGACUACUUACUCUAUCUCUUGAAUUUGCACGACGCAACGGGGUCCAAGUACUCGGAGUACAUGGACCAUCCCACCAAUCUGAUUGACGAACUAUUGUACAAUAUCGCAUCCAAGAGAGGCCAAUUGGGCCCUGAUGGCUCUUACGACGAGCUUGGAACCGCUUCCCAUUGGGUCAGUCUCUGGAAACAGGGAAAGCUGGCCAAAUAUAGAGGUUUGUUUGACUUGGGCACCAUCUUGGAGCUCAACGGAAGCGAGUUGAAAAAGCUAUUUGCAGAAGAGAGAGAAAGAGUGAAGUCGAUGGACGUGAGCACAAAGAUCACCGAUAGCUUGGGAGAAGACGGCACGGCAAGAUCAAAGAAAAGAAAAAGAACUGCCAAAGAUAGAGAAUAUGACUUGAAGAACCAGCUCUUCAAAAUUUAA